UUAUUAGGGAGAUGGGGAUAAAAUAACAGAUGCUCAGGCCAAUAGCAUAGCGACACCAGCCGAGUGCAUAUGUCCUCCCCUUUCUUUCAUGGUUCCAAGACAGGAACGCGGGGAAAUGAGAAGAAAAGAGAGAGGUGAAAUAAAAGUGAACGAGAUGAGAAGGUUGCCUGUGUGUUGUGUUGGACGAUGCAUGGUUUAAAUCAUGGACAUCGUGCUAGUGGUAGCAGCGCCCGUGUAGUGGCAUCUAGAAUAGUACUGUAUUCCAUUGUACUCUACUCUAUUUGCCGCCGAGCACUAGGAGUAGCAUGCAUGCCAGACGAAUCAAUAGCUGGCAACGCAUCACCACACACCCAUGCUAAAGUGCAAAAGGCGUAGCCACUGAACGAACGGCGCCACCUUUCCUCCCUCCCCUGCUUCCCCACACGUACGCUGCUUCCUUCCUUCCCCGCGCUCCGGUCCCGAGAGAAGACAAGAGAUCCAUCGUCCUUAGAGAGGCGUGCCCGUCAUGCGAGUCCUUGUGCUGUUGGUGGCGGCGCUGGUCGAGGCGGCUGCGCGCGUGGGCGCGUCGGGGGCGUGCGCGGCGGAGAAUCUCUCGCAAAACCGCGUGUACGCGGCGUGCAGCGACCUGCCCACCCUGGGCGCGUCCGUGCACUGGACGUACGACCCAGAGACGUCGUCGCUGUCCGUCGCCUUCGUCGCCGCGCCUCUCUCGGCCAGCGGCUGGGUCGCAUGGGGGCUCAACCCCACCGGCGACGGCAUGGCCGGCACGCAGGCGCUCAUCGCCGCUCCCAAGGGCGGCGGCGGCGCGUACGGCGUCCAGACGUACGACAUACAAGGGGCCUCGCUCGGAUCACCGGGGCGCAUCGCUUACCCGACGUCUGACCUCGCCGCCGUGCUCGGAGGCGACGGCCGCGUCCAGAUGUUCGGGAAGCUCACGCUCCACAACGGAACCGGGGAGGUGAACCAGGUCUGGCAGAUGGGCCAGGUGUUGGGAGGGAGCAUCGCUGUGCACGCUAUGGCAGCCGGCAACAUGGGGGCCAAGGGGAAGCUCAACCUGGUCACUGGGGCCGCCACUAGAGGCAGCAGCAACCUCUUGAAGAAAAAGACUCAUGGAAUUCUGAAUGCUGUUAGCUGGGGCAUUCUACUGCCAAUCGGAGGCAUAGUUGCUAGAUAUCUCAAGACAUUCAAAUCAGCCGAGCCUGCUUGGUUGUACCUUCAUAUAGCCUGCCAGCUGAUGGCAUAUAUGAUGGGACUAUGCGGCUUCCCUAUCGGUAUUGAUCUAGGAAAUCUGUCCAAGGGAAUCACCUACUUGUCUCACAGAAAUAUGGGGAUCGUUGUACUUGCUAUUGGUACCCUUCAGAUCGUUGCACUGGUCCUGAAACCCAACAAGGAUCACAAGCUCCGCGUGUACUGGAACUUGUACCACCACUCAGCGGGCUACGCCAUCAUUGUCCUCGGCAUCGUCAACGUCUUCAAGGGCAUGACCAUCCUGAACGUUGGAGAGAAGUUGAAGACUGGGUACAUCAUCACGAUCGGCAUCCUGACUGGCAUCGCAGUGGCGCUGGAGGUGAUCACGUGCAGCAUCGCCUGGGAGUGCAGCAUCGUCGUGCAGAGGAGGAACACGAAGGACAAGGCUCCCAGCGGCCCCGCAUACAAUGGCCGCUUGCCGCUCUCUAUAUGAUUCUGAAUUGCAUGUUAUUAGAUCUGUAACAUAAUUAGAGCAUCUACAGUGGAUCGUAGCUAACAGGACAAUCUAUAUGUUCAAGGAUACGCUCAGGCACGUCGGGACUCCUCACAUUGACGGGUCAACAAGGCAAUAUAUUUUAAA